CCUAUGAUUGUCACUCUAGAAGAUUCAAACUUGGUGAUCCUCCAGUAUAUUUCAUUAAAACAUAUCAGACACAUCGGUAAAGCAACACAGAGCAAGCAAACUUUAAUAUAGAAGUAUUUGUAAAAGUGUUCGGUUCUCUUAAAGCUAUAGCAACGCAAAUUUCCAAACAGAUUAGCAAAAUUACAAUAAUGGACAAAAAAGACGAAAAAACAUCCGCAACUGUAACAAAAGCGGAUUCAUCAGCAGAAAAUAGAUGUCUUUACAGAAUGCCACCUAAGUUGGAGGCCAUGAUCAAUAACGCUUUCACUGUCGAUUGUACAUUUAUUAUUGGUGGAAAUCUUGGAAAAGCCCAAACCAUAUUUGGACACAAACUAAUGUUUAGCUUACACUCUGACGUUUUCGAAUCAAUGUUAAGUGGGCAUUUUCUAGAAGCUAAAAGUACGGAAAUUCCUCUUCCCGACGAUGAUCCGAAAACAUUUCGUAAUUUACGUCUUAUUUUGUAUAAUCUGCGCGAUACCCAAACAGAACUGAACGAGCUGGAUCUCAGCGAUACGAUCAGCUUGUAUAAGCUGUGUGAUAAAUAUUUGUUCAAGACCAUCUCAAAAUUAUGCGUAGAACAUUUGAAAAGCUUCAUAGGGGAUGAUCAAAGUGAUUGCAAUAAUGCGAUAAAAAUUUUUCCUGUUGCUAUAGACUUACAUAACUUGGAGUUACUGGGAAAAGUUAAAGCUAAACUAUCUAUCAAAUUUUAUCCUCUUCUGUCAAUUCUAAACGAUUUGAAUCCACUACAUUUUUUGAAGUACAUUGAAUUGCAUGCCAAACAGAAUCAAGAUGUGGUAAAUCAUUUGAACUUAUUUAAGGCCAUAGAAAACUAUUUAACAGUCAACGAUUUAAUACCUCAAGAGCUUUUGGACACGGAAGAAAGUUUGCAAAAACCUGGACAAGGAGCAGUGUUGUUACUUAGCGAGGAACGAUCAUUAGAGUUUUUGCAAAAACUUCUUACGCACAUUGAUUUUGUUAGAAUCAAUAUUGCAGAUUACCUCAGAGGGCCGGGUGUUUCGAAGAUUCUCACAUGGAAACAAAAAUAUAUAGUUUUGUCACAACUAUGUAUUAAUCCUCAACCGUCUACGAUAAAAUUGUUUCAAAACUAAAGAUUUUUUUUAAAUAUUUUUUUAUGCCACCACUAUACAUAGUAUGGAGGGUAUAUUAAAUUCGUCAUUCCAUUUAAUCAUUUUAGACCCAACAAAGUAUAUAUAUUCUUGAUCAGCGUAGAAUUCUAAGACCAUUUAGCCCUGUCCGUCCGUCUGUUUUAAUCACGCUACAGUCAAAACAAAUUGAGAUAGGAAGCUAAAAUUUUGCACAGAUCUCUCUUUUGUCUGCAGGCAGGUCAAGUUCGAAGAUGCGCUAUAUCGGUCCACGAUAUCGUAUAUCCCCCAUAUAACGGUAUCCCCCGAUAUUCGGCAUUUUAAUGAUUUUAGCCAUAUUUUCAAUGGUAUUUUCUGAAAAUCCACACAAGAAGUUCCUUGUUAGUAGUUUAUCUCUUGGGAAAGAAUUAUCUACAUAGGUCCACGAUAUCGUAUAUCCCCCAUAUAACGGCCCCCCCCCCGAUAUUCCGUAUUUUCAUGAUUUUAGCCACAUUUUUAAACGGAAUUGCCUGAAAUUCUAUACAAGGAGUUCUUUGUGAGCACUUUGCCCCUUGAAAGGGAACUGUCUAUAUAGGUCCACAAUAUCGUAUACCCCCCGAUAUUCGGUAUUUUGAUGAUUUUAGCCACAUUUUUCAACGAAAUUCUACACAAGGAGUCUUUGGUGAGUACUUUUCCCCCCAGAAAUAGAUUUGUCUAUAUAGGUCCACAAUAUCGUAUAUCCACCCAUAUAUCGGCACCUUCUGAUAUUAGUUAUUUUAAAGCUUUUAACAGAAUUUUUAAUGGAUUUUUUUUUGAAAAUUGCCUAAUUCGUUCCAAAUGGUGAAGUGUAUUCAAAGUUCGGCCCGGCCGGACUUACUGCUUUUUUACUUGUUUUUUGGUAAAAAUUGUUUUUAUUUUUUUCUACAUUGAACAAUGAAACGAUGUGUCAUAAAAUUUAAUUUUUUUACGCUUUCGUUUUUGGUAUACACUUCGUAAUAAUUGUAGAGGUGAACUCCUCCACUGUACGAAGAAGUGGUCGUGCAUAGGCUAUUACGAACAUCAAAUAUGAAAAUUUGAGACAAUUCCGGCGAACAAUGCUGCAAAAUCAUCCAAAUACCGAAUAUACGGAGGUACCUUUAUAUGCGGGCUAUACGAAGAUGUUGACCUGCAUACGCAGUUUUCUGUCACAGGCUGCAGCACCUAUUAGGAACUUACAAUACGAAAUUCGAAACAAUUCCGAUUAAUAAUGUCAUAUCAAAAUACAGAAUAUGGGGAGGUACUGUUAGAUUGGGGGCUAUACGAGAACGUUGACAUACAUAGUCAACUCUCAGUCACAAGUUGUAAUACCCGUUACGAAUUGUAAAUACAAUAUUUAAAACGAUUCCGGUGAAUAAGUCCCCAAACUCAUCACAAUACCGAAUAUAAGGAGGUACCGCUAUGUGAGGGCUAUACGAAGACAAUAUGUACCGAAUAUAGAGAUGUAGAGUUAUGCGUUUAGGUAUAUACCCUAAUACCUAAACGUGGAUGUUUAUAGCCCACUUUAAAUACCUACUUCAAUUCCUUCGGAAGCUAGAGCGAUUUCCACAGACGGAUAGACUGCCAGAGGGACGGUCAUCGUUAAAUCGACGUAGAAUUUUAAGCAGAUCAAGAAUAUCCACAAUUCGUCCUGUAUCCAAAGUUCGUCCUGGGCGAAAUUGCUGAUUUUUAUACCCUACACCACAAGGUGGUCAGGGUAUUAUGUCUUUGUGCAUUUGUUUGUAACAGGCAAAAGGAAACGAGAUAGACCCAUAGUUCCUUUUGAUGAUCUGCAUAGAAUCACUUUCUGAGUUGAUGUAUGCAUGUCAGUCCGUCUGUCCGUCCGUCCGUCUGACCAUGUAUUCUUGUGAACAAAAUGCAGGUCGCAUUUAUUAUCCGAUUCAGAUGAAAUUUUGCAAAUUUUGUUUUUAUUGUGCACCAAACGUGUAAUAUCAGCCCGAAUAGUAUGGAAUUUUGCACAUACAACCAAAUUAGGCCUGAAAAUAACUAUGCCAAAUUUUAUCGAAAUCGGUUCAGAUAUUGCUAUAGCUCUAUAUUUUUCAUCCGAUUUGUUAUUUUUGUCCUCCGCAGCCGUAAUAUGCACUCUGUAACAACAAUAUUUGGGGAAAUAUAUCAAAUGCAGCUCAGAAAUACCUUUGCUAAAUUUUAUCGAGAUCGGUUCAGAUUUGGAUAUAGCUCCCAUAUAUAACUUCGUCCGAUUUGCCUUUUAUUGUGCACCAAACGUGUAAUAUCAGCCCGAAUAGUAUGGAAUUUUGCACAUACAACCAAAUUGGGCCUGAAAAUAAGUAUGUCAAAUUUUAUCAAAAUCGGUUCAGAUAUAGCUAUAGCUCCUAUAUAUAUUGUUCAUCCGAUUUAUUGUAUUUGUUACCCACAGCCGUAAUAUGCACUCCGUAACAACGAUAUUCAGGGAAAUAUAUCAAAUACAGCUCAGAAAUAUCUUUGCCAAAUUUUAUCGAGAUCGGUUCAGAUUUGGAUAUAGUUCCCAUAUAUAUUUUUAUCCGAUUUCAAAUUAAUUUCGCACCAAAUGGGCAAUACAAGUCCGAAUUUAAAAGAUACAAAUGCUUCGGCAUAUUUAGUCCUUUGAAUUUUAAAUUAUAAUUAUAAUCAUAGAGUGAAUGAUUGAAUUCUCCCAUAAAAACGUUUAAUUAUUAAGUGGAGCUCAACUAAAUUGGCAAAGUGGUGUAGGGUAUCAUAAAAUCGGCCCCGCCCGACUUUAGGACUUUCUUUACUGGUUUUAAUUAAGUUUGUCAUCCCCUUUGUAACACCUCGAAAGAGAAUUUUAAAAUUUCCAAAAAAAAAACCUUGAAAAAUACUGUUUGUUCAAAAGAACAUAAUUUUUUGCAAAUAAUUAUUUUACUCUUUGUUAUUUAAUAAGUUUUGUUCUAUGUCAGCAUAUAAUUGUUUUUUUUUUUCAUUGUUUAUUUUAAGCAGGCCAAUAACCCAAAUAAAGAAACAACUCAGUUGGUUUCACAAUUGCAUGGGCUAUUGGCUGAAGUAUUUUAUUGCUUACUUUACAUUUAAUUCUAUUUGUAAUGAUAUCGAAAACGUAUAAAUAUCAAGCCAAAAUAAAGAUUCUUGGUAGAUUGCAAGAAAUUGUAAAUAUACCAAGGUUACAAAUUCAA